CCCGCAUGCAGGCACAGACACACACAGACCCCUCCCCCUGUCCACUCCGCCCAGGACUCAGCAUCGGAGCCGCUGCAGAGCGUGCCACCUGCAGGCCCUGCCAGCCCUCCCCCUCUCUCUCCCCCGAAGGGUUUUUCCAGCCGAAGCCUCCCUCCCUCUGCUGCAAUCUCUGGAAACCUGUGUCUGACGCUUUCAGUCGGCAUUUUUAUUUAUUUAUUUUCCUGCCGCCGAGACCCUCCUGGCGGGAGAGCUGCAGCCGGGACAGGGCAGGCGGGGCGUUGCAGGGACUCGGAGGCAGAGGACGGAGGAAAGCGCACUCCAGAGCCCUCAGCCCGCUCCUCAGGCCCGGCCAGCCGGCAGGGGCCAUGAGCACCAGGCAGGAAUCCGAGAGGGAGGAGGGCGACCCCGGCCGGAGGGGACAGAAGGAGGCAGCGCUUCGGGACCGAGCCCACCUGAGCCAGCGGCGGCGGCUCAGACAGGCCACCCAGUUUGCGCACAAGGACUCUGCCGACCUGCUCCCGCUGGACAGCCUCAAGAGGCUGGGCACCUCCAAGGACUUGCAGCCACACAGCGUGAUCCAAAGACGGCUGGUGGAGGGAAGCCAGAGUCACCUCCAGGCUGAGUCUACCUGGGUGCAGGCCCUGCUCCACAGCGAGGAGAGCGAGAGCAGGACCAGCAAGGCAGGCCCCCCAGCUCUGCUGGUCAGCUGCAGGUGCCGGGACCAGGUGCUCAGGGUGGCCGUGGACACAGGCACACAGCACAAUCAGAUCUCCGCAGGAUGCCUCAGCCGUCUGGGGAUAGGGAAGAAGGGCCUGAAAGCCCCAGGUGGGGACCCGGCACCUGGGCCCCCAACCCAGGUGGAGCAGCUGGAGCUACAGCUGGGCCAGGAGACAGUGGCGUGUUCAGCCCAGGUGGUGGAUGACGAGAGUCCCGAGUUCUGUCUUGGACUGCAGACUCUUCUUGCCCUCAAGUGCUGCAUCGACCUGGAACACGGAGUGCUGCGGCUGCGAGCCCCCUUCUCUGAGCUGCCCUUCCUGCCUUUGUGCCAAGAGCCUGGCCAGUGAUGCCUCUUCCCUUCAGUCCACAGGGGGAAGGACCUCACCUUAGGGGGAGCACCAUGUGGGACAUGGGGCAUUACUAGAGCCAGGUAGCUGGGGACUACUCUGUCCCUUUUGUCACCAUCCUGACCUUGCUCAGUUGGCCUCCCUCCUCUCUGCUUCUCGGCCACACCCUCCCCCCAGGGGCGGUUGUCCCCAGAGCAGGUCCUGGUCUCAGGGCUCUGGCUCUCCUGGUCUUUCCCCUCCAAAAAAGACUGAAGAAAAGGGCAUAAACAAAAAUGGGGUGCAGGCUGGGCCCUGGGCAUGGUAGGAACUGGCCUGAGUCAAGCUGCCGUCUCCUGUCCUCCACCUGUCCCCAGCUCCACCCUAAACACCUGACUGCCUUCAUGCCUGUCUUCCCUACCUUCAGAAACUGGUUCUCUCUCACACCUAGACUACCAUACCUCACCAGCCUGGGUCCCUGUUCCUACUGGGGCCUUCCUUUCUGGCUCUGCACACAGUUGAGUCUGAGAAGAAGUAGUAAACAGAACAACUCAAUACAACAGGAAGGUGAGUUGGGAGAGGGGUACCUGGCGCACAAGGCUGGCAGCGCUGUCACCUUUCCUGGGGCAGCAAAUGUCUGAAACCAGUUAUUCUCUGAUGCCCUGUGCAAAACCUUGGGUAUACAUCUACUGUUUGCUCCAGAUAUUUAUCUUUCUCCACUUGCUUUUCAGCCACUGGGCCCCUACACAGGGUGUGUGUGGAAGAGCCUUGCAGAGAAUUGUCCCCACGAGGUGGGCAGGACUGUGGGGCAGUCAGUGCUCAGACUUAACCUAACCAGUUGACCCCGUCAGACCUCCCCACCCAUCUCUGGCCUCCUGGCUUGAGCUUGUCUGAUUUUGGUAUCAGUGGCUUUCUAUCCCCUGCCAGACCCUGAGCCAAAGGAAAGAGACAAGGAAUCUGACUUCAUCAUGAAGGCAGCAACUCAAACUUUAAGGAUCCAGACCCCUGAGUGUCUCCCUGGCUGGUCCGUGUCUCUGAAGUCAUGGAUUAGGGGUAGAGGAAGCCAGAUGUAACUAACUUGAACCAGGAAACUAGGAUCCAUGGGCCUGGGGUAGGUUAAGGGAAGACCCAGGACGCAAGGAGCUGCCCCAGGCCCCCCUGCCCUCAGGAGAGGUGAGGGGCUGCCCAUCACUGUGCAGCGGUGCCCUGGUCCCUCACUGCUCUGCUCCAUGGUCCCUGCUCCCCUGGUCCUUUCCCUUCUGCUUCCUCCUGCUUCUGUAACUGCAGACCCCAGGGCAGGCCUUCAGCUCAGCUGCUUCUCCUCUUAAUAAACAGCUGUUUUUCUGUGCUGACAUCCUCCUCCAGUCUUCCUUUAUGUUGAUCAGGCUGAAUGGUAUCUCUGCCCUUGGACCCUUACAGAAAGGAAAUGUGAAUGUGGACUUUUCCCUGGGUUGAUCCAUCUGGCUGGCAUCAGUAUAAUUGAGAGCAAU